AUGGGGUCUUUAAGGCUCUAUAUGGGUCCUUCGGGGCGUGGUUGGGGUCUCUCAGGGUCCCCCCCCCCUUUGCUGUCCCUGCAGGUCUCAGAGCUCGGCCUGGAGCCCGACGUGCUGCCGGUGGCUGCGGAUCAUCCGGCAUCGCGGCAUCGAUUCCUCUACGCCAAUGGGACCCUCCAUAGGAUGCCAACAGGGCUGGGGUGGGAGACCCCCCCAUUAAUCCCCAUCCCCCCUCAUAGCGUGGCCGAUAAGCGCGCACCACCCAUGCGGAAGGGACGGAGACCGGACGAGAGCAUCCACAGCUUCACCCGGCGGCGCUUCGGGGCGGAGGUUGCCGAUCUCAUUGCUGACAGCCUGUGCCGGGGGGUGUUUGCCGGUGACUGCCGGCAGCUCAGUGUCAGGUCGUGCUUCCCAGCGCUGCACCGGGCAGAGAGGAGACGGAGAUCAGUCAUCGUGGGGAUGGCUACGGGGGGGGGUGGCCCCAUUGGCCCCAAUGACCCCAAUGGCCCCAAAGGCCCCAAUGAUCCCAAUGACCCCAAUGACCCCAACGGCCCCGUCCCGGCCGUGCUGGUUCGCUCCCGGUGUGAGCGCUGGUCGCAGUGGGCGCUGCGGGGGGGGCUGCAGACCCUGCCCGAAUCCAUCGCCACCUUCGUGCGGCUCCGCGGCGCCGACGUGCGGUGUAACGCGGAACUGCAGCGACUGCGGCUGCGCAGCGACCGGACGUGGCAGCUGACCCUCCCCGACAGCACCAUCACCGCAGACCACGUCAUCAGCGCGCUGCCCGCAGCAGCUCUGGCACGGGUGCUGCCCCCCGAGUUCCACCCCUUGGCGCAGGAGCUGACCCACAUCCCGGCGGUGACGGUGGCCGUGGUCAACCUGCAGUACCGCGGGGUAACGCUGCCCGUCACGGUGAGAGCCCACCCCAUAGAGCCCGUAAGGUUGGGGAUGUGGGGAUAUGGGGAUGUGGUCCCCCAGCCCCACACGGGGUCCCAUGGCGGUGUCCCCAUAGAGCGCAUCAGGCACUUCAUAGAGCAGCAGCAGUUGCCCCUCAGCCUCAUCGGAGCCUCCUACGGCGGCGUCUCCGUCAACGACUGCAUCGCCAGCGCCAAGGCCGCCGUGGGGCGGCUGAUGGGGGGCUGAGCCCCAUAGCGGGGUCUAGAACCCCAUAGCGGGGGCUGGAACCCCAUUGUGGGGUCUAGAACCCCUUAGCAGGGGUUGGAACCCCGUUGUUGGGUCUGAAACCCCAUAGCAGGGUCUAGAACCCCAUAGCGGGGUCUGAAACCCCAUUGUGGGGUCUGAAACCCCAUUGUGGUCUGAAACCCCAUAGCGGGGUCUGAAACCCCAUUGUGGGGUUUGAAACCCCAUAGCGGGGUCUGAAACCCCAUUGGUGAGAUGCUGAGCCCCAUAGCGUGGAGCUGAGCACCAUUAGGAAGGUGUUGAGCCCCACAUGGGAGCUGAGCCCCAUAGCGUGGGGUUGAGCGUCACGGUGUGGGGCUGGUUGACCCCAUCCCAGCAUCAAUGGGGUGAGAAAAGCUUUGGGGUGGAUUUUGUUGGUUUGGGGUUUGUGGGGUGAUGGAUUUUGGUUUCUUUCUUCCCUUUUUUAAUUGAAAAACCCCCUUUGAAAGGCGCAGGGAGCAGCAAACGUGAAUAAAUAACAUCAGCCCCACA